UUCAGGUAAUAACUAUAUGUGUGUUCUCUGUGACAAACUUUUGUCUCACCCAAGGUGUCAUUUGACUUACACCCUGUCCUCACUGGGAUGGGAUCUACGCAUCUUGUCAUGUUGUGCGUCGUGUCGUGUGGCGCAUCAUGUCAUGUGGUGUAGCAUCACUUCAAAUUAAUCAAACAGCUUUUAUGAAGAUUCAGUUAAUACAGUCCUUGUAUGUUCAAAACACUGCAUAUUUUUUUCUAUGAAAAGAAAACAGCAUUUUCAUCAGAACUGUAUUUAUAAAAAUAUUCAUAAAAUAGUUCUAACUAGAAUGAAUGGUAAAAGUAACCAAUGGAAAUGAAAAAGCUAUGGAAACAUUUGGUAAUGGGAACAGAAAACAGGGAGUCGAAAGCCCCUGGAGAUUGUUGCAUUCCAGAAUAAUCUGCAUGGCAUGCUAUAAAAAGGCUGUAAGGAAAUGAAGAGCAAGGCCUGGGAAAUCUUCCUGUCACUUUCAAUCAACAAUCACCUCCUAAAUUCUGAAGAAACUGCGGACUCCAAAUCACCAAAAUGACAUUUACUGAGGUUUAUCAAUAUUUCCAAAGUAUUUCUGCUUAUACAGCUCAUCAGCAUGAUUUAUUUUUAUCGUAUUUCAUCACAUAUACAUUACAACAACAUUACAUUUCGUUUGUUUCUGUGGUCACUGGGAAAGCUACACAUUUCUCUUUCCCACAGAAAUAUGUUGGGGCUGGGCUGUGCUGGACUGUGCUGGGGGCCGGGCUGGGCCAUACUAGAUCAUGCUGGGGGCCAGGCUGGGCCGUGCUGAACUGUGCUGGGGGCCGGGCGGGACCGUGUUGGUCACUGGCUUCCCGAGGGUGCAGCGCGUGUCCUGUGCAGGGAGGCUGGGAUCUUCUCCCGGAAAUAACGGGUCACAGCUGGUAACGACCCUGGAAGGGGCGCCAACCCAUCGCAGAACUGAUACAUUGACCUCAUUAUGUAUAUUCACAUCUGAAGUCGCAAAAUAAAAAAGGUAUUGCACGGUAAACAUGUAGAGAUGUGGGUUAUUAUGUAAAAGAGUUCGACUCUGCUGCGGCAGUUACCUAAAUUCAAUGCAUGCCAAUUAAUAAACGUCCGUGCUGUUUUCUUUUAGAUUAGAUAUAUGAAGGAAGAGAGCAUUUCACUUCGAGAUAAAACGAGGUACCAUCACAUGACUGCAGCACCCAGCCGGCCGCACACCCCGACACACACGGGCUGCAUGUAAACAGAAGCAGUCCGACGCAUUGUUACAAAGCAUCUCCGUGCUUGUUGUGUUAGAGCCAUGCUAUGGAUGCUCUGUGGCAAUACCAAUUCAGAAUCAUCCUGCUCGGGGAUUCUACGGUUGGGAAAUCGUCUUUGCUAAAACGAUUUACAGACGGUGUGUACAGCGACGUGGCGGACCCCACGGUCGGUGUGGAUUUCUAUGCCCGUUCGCUAGAUAUUGAACCGGGUGUGAAGAUCAAGCUUCAGCUCUGGGACACUGCUGGACAGGAGCGCUUCAGAUCAAUCACCACCUCAUACUACCGCAACUCAGUAGGUGGCCUGCUGGUCUUCGACCUGACCAAUCGGAAGACCUUUGACCAUGUACGGGAGUGGCACCGCGAGGUCACUGAACAUGUGCUGCCCUAUCACAUGGUCUAUAUUCUGAUUGGCCACAAGAGCGACCUGGAGCAUGAUCGCAAGGUGUCCCGUGAGGAGGCAGAGCGGCUGGCGGCUGACCUCGGAAUACGCUACGUGGAAACAUCAGCUAAGCGCAACACCAACGUGGAACGCGCUUUCCAGCUGCUCACACGUGACAUCUACGAGCUGAUGAAGAUGGGCGAGAUCGACACGCGUGAUGGCUGGGAGGGUGUGAAGGCCGGCCUCAGCAACAAGGUGCUUUAUCCGGCUGAGGAGGAGGCUGAGAGGGAGCGGAGCUGCCGCUGCUGACUGCUCCCUCACCGUUGCUUUAUGCAGAAAAGCACACAGGGCACAUGCACACACAAGCAUUCACACCAGUACUCAACUAUCUGUCCUGCUGUGGAACUCAUCUGCCCUUCUCUCCUGUACACCUCAAACGGGCUCAUGUCUGAUCUGUUAUGUGACCUCAUCAUCCUGGGCCCCCUAGUUCAUGUCUGAUCGGUUAUGUGACCUCAUCAUCCUGGGCCCCCGGUUCAUGUCUGGUCGGUAAUGUGACCUCAUCAUCCUGGGCCCCCGGCUCAUGUUUGACCUGUUAUGUGACCUCAUCAUCAUGGGCCUCCUGGCCCAUGUGCAUACAGGAGGGCCCUGCCAGCAAGGAAGCCUUAUGCCUGGCUGAACUAAGCAACCCUCUCACAUAUCUCCGAAGCAGUAAAGCCCAGCUAAACGUUUGUUUGUCAACGAUUGGAAGUGUGCAUCGGCCCAUCUGGAUCUAUGACAUCAUGCCUGUUUGCCCUACAUAGGUACAUUUUUACAGCUCCGGAUCAUUCUGUCCUCUUCCAUUUGCAGGACUCACACUACUGGGGAUGUCAUUGUGGGUAUUUCAUAAUUUGUAUAUGACAAAAAGAAGAAACACCUGUCUCCAUGACAGCAAAUAUGUGAUGGUGGAACCUAGAGUCCUGUACAUCUGAUGGUAAUGUGAUGAAUGGAUUAUGCCAAAUGGCAGUUCAUGUAGGGUUUUUGUGCGCUUUUGUGGUAGAAAGCCAUUACUGCUAGUUUGACCUACAUAAAAUAAAAGGACUAAAUUGUUGGUUUCCAUUUAUGACCACAAACAUACAGAUGUAAAAUUUUGUAUAAUAAAGAAUGAUUCAGUGUUUUUAAAUUACUGGUAAAUCAAUAAGUGUACUUAGUGACAUUAUCAUCACUCAACUUGGCAGCAGAGUGAAAAUGUUUAUCAUUUGAGUUAUCAGUAUUAUUAUUGAGAACCACUUCUCUGGGAGACUUGGUGCUUGAUCCAUGGCAAAAGCUUUAAUUUCAAAUAAGAAAUGGAACAGUGUCCUUUAUUGGAUUAAAUUGACUGUUCUUAUUGACUGGCAUAAGGGAGACUUAACUGCAGCACUGGCACUGCACUUAUCACACCAGUGAUUAAAUCGACUGUUCUUAUUGACUGGCGUAAAGGAGACCUAACUGCAGCACUGGCACUGCACCUGUGACACCACUGAGUACCCUGUGUGUCUUUACCUUCAGGAGGUGAGUCUGUGCAUCAUUUCGCCAGGAUGCAGAGAUUAGGGCCGCAUGUGAUUAAUGUACAAAAUUCAAUCAGUGUGAUGUCACUUUGUGAGCGGUAAUGUCACUUUGUGAGCGGUAUGACUUGUUUUGUGCAUUGAUUUCUGUACUUUGUACUGUAAUUUGAGAUGUGGUAAUCAAAAUAAACAAUAUUUAUGUUA